CUUAUACUGUAUUAUCAGAAGUAGAAAAUUUCUCAAAAAGAGAGAUGAGUGCAAUCUCAAUUUCUGCUGCUCUGAUCUGCGACCCUCGAAUGGCCACGCUUGUCACUGUCCAGCACACUCUCGCAGCUGCUUGCUAGUCGCCUUCUAUGGAGUCGUCCUCCAAUAUACUUUCAAACUCUGCCGCUUCCUCUGUUGCUCAAGCUCCCACUAUGCGUCCCAAAGAAGAACAGGAGGUGACGAGUGCCAAUGCGAAAGAAGAGGUCAAGGAGAAGAAGGUGCCUGAAGAGAAAACGCCGAAAAGGAGCCCCAUUGAGCUCUUAGAAGAGGCACAUAAUGAGAAGUUCAAGAGAUAUGAAGCUGAAUGCACCCAAUAUUUAAUGUCUAAGUACUUUUCAGACAAGACUAUCUUUGGAGGAAAUAUUUUUGAUGUCAAAAUGACUAUAGAUGGAGAGCCAAUCAAAGUAAGCAGGUUUCCCGGGUACCUUUCUUAUGCUGAUCCGGCUAAUUUUCAAGACGAGAGUGGUAGCUGCUCAUCAAAUUCCAUUGUCGGAACUCCAACAUGCAGUGCUAAUGGGAACCACCAGACUUCUUUGAAGAAUGAAAACUCUAAUAUCUGAUUUCCUUUACCUUUUGCUUCAAAUGCACUCUGGUGUAGUCUUUCAUCACCCUAUAAAUGGGAAGGCACUUCCAUUAGUUCAUACUCCAGCUUGUACUCGAAUCGCUUCAAAAAGGUUGAAGCUGCCAACUAUCCAAUUUAACCUUUAAGAAUUAAUCUGCGUACGGACAGGGAGAAUCAUCAUCAUAUCACGACGUAUCUGAACAUGGAAACUGGUGUGUCUGAGAAGACAAUACCUAUUAGCAUGACAAUAGUGGAAUUGUACUUUCUCUAUUGUGAUAGGAUUAGCACAAUUGUGCUCUAUUUUAAGAUUGUGUAUACCUAAGUUCUGGUUCCAAGUACAGAAGUGAACUCGUAAAUAUUUAUUUUAUCGUGUUUGAACCUCUUUUGAAUCGCAAAUUAUACUAUGGGAUAAGCACAUCUUCC